UCUUCUCGAGAGUUUUAUGCGAUAAGAAGGUGCCCAUUAAUCUUAAAGGCAAAUUCUAUAGAGUGGCAAUUCAUCCGGCUAUGUUGUAUGGAGCGGAGUGCUGGCCUGUCAAACACUCCCAUAUCCAAAAAUUGAAGGUAGCGGAAAUGAGGAUGUUGUGUUGGAUGUGUGGACAUACUAAAGGGGACAAAUUUAGGAAUGAGAUUAUCUGGGAGAAGGUGGGAGUGGCUUCGGUGGAGGACAAGAUACGGAAAGGAAGGCUGAGACGGUUUGGGCAUGCGAUAAGAAGAAUGCAGAUGCCUAGUUCGUAGGUGUGAGAAGCUAGCACUAGAUGUCUUUAGGAGGAGUAGAGGUAAGCCAAAGAAACACUGGAGGAAGGUGAUUAGACAUGACAUGAAGUAGCUACAACUUUCUAAGAACAUGACUCUAGAUAGGAAGGUAUGGAGGUCGCGGAUAAGGGUAAUAGGCUAGUGUGAGUGUGGGGGGUGUAGCAAGCAGUCAAGAGAGAUCUUGUGUAACCGGGUUAGGGUAUUCAUAGGGGUCUUUGGUUUGUAAGUGUAUGGUACUACUAGGUGGGUAUCCUAUUCCCUAUUUCUUAGUUCUUUUUUUUCUUAUUUCGUGCUACCCUUAUUUCUCGUAUUUCAUGUUUCUUUGAUUUCUAUUUUACUAUUCAUUAAUCCUUAUUUCUGUUAUGUCAUCCAUCCCCUUAUUUAUUAUUCUUUAUCUUAAGCUGGGGGUCUAUCGGAAACAACCUCUCUACUUCUUCAGAGGUAGCGGUAUGGACUGCGUACCUCUUCCCCUCUCCAGACUCUACUUUGUGGGAAUAAACUCAGGUUUGUUGUUGUUGUUGUUGUAAUCAUCGUAAGUGUUGAAAUAAAAAUAUUUUGGAUGAGUUUACAGUUAUGACACUUCUUGAAAAUAAUGACAUUGUACCGAAUUAUUAUCGUUGGCAUCAUCAUGGAGAAAGUUAUAUUUCAGGUCCAAGUGUGUUUGAUAAUCAUCAAAAAGAAGCUUUAGCUUCAAGUGAAACCAUGAAUUCUCAGUCUCAUAAUGAAUUUCGAGCUGUGAUUUUUUAUGUUGUCGGGCUUUCUUUUGAUGGUAACAUAGAAGAGGAUCCAAAUCCCACAACAAAAUAUUUAUAAUUUGCUCAAAGCAUCGAAACAAGAAAUUUAGCCAGAAAAUCUACAAGGACAUACACAAUUAUCUGUCGUUGCUCGUCUGUUGAAUCUAAAGGGGGAACAUCAUUUUACUGAAAUAUUGUAUGAUGAGUUGUGUGAAUUUAUAUCAGAAUUGAUGCCAACUAAUAAUAUAAUGAUAGAUAGCUUUUAUAGUACCAAAAAGCUAAUGAGAGGAUUGGACUUGCCGAUUGAAAAAAUUGACUGUUGCAAAAAUGGUUGUAUACUUUAUUGGGGGGAGGAUAGUGAACUUGUCAAUUGCAAGUUCUGUACUCACCCUCAAUUUAAGAGAUCAAAACAUCAAUGCUCCAAGAAGGAAACUAAUAUUUCUUAUAAGAAGAUGUAUUAUAUUCCUUUAGCUUUGCAUUUAUAAAGAUUGUAUGCAUCCGAUGCUACAACAAAACAUAUGAGAUGGCAUUCUGAGCAUGAAAGGGAUGGUGUGAUGCGUCAUCCCUCUGACUCUCCUUCUUGGAAACAGUUUCAUCAGGCACACCCUUUUUUUGCAUCUGAAGUGACAAAUGUUAGAUUGGGUUUGUCAACUGAUGGUUUUCAACCUUUUGGUCAAUUUGGCCAACAAUAUUCUUCUUGGCCUGUGAUAGUUACACCAUAUAAUUUGCCACCUUGGAUGUGCAUGAAGAAUGAAUACAUAUUUUUGUUUGUAAUUAUAUCUGGUCCCAAAAAAUCCAAAAAAUCCAAAAUAGAAAAUUGAUGUCUUUUUGCAGCCUCUCAUUCAAAAGUUAAACGAAUUAUAUAAGGAGGGAAUUCAAACAUAUGAUGUUUCAAGUAAGAAUAAUUUUCCAAUGAAAGAUGCACUGAUGUGGACAAUAAGUUAUUUUCCUACGUAUUCAAUAUUAUUGGGUUGGAGUACAGCAGGAAAAUUAGCUUGUCCUUAUUGCAUGAAAGAUUCUGAUGCUUUUUAACUACCCAAUUGUAGAAAGAUCUCAUGGUUUGAUAAUCACAGAAAGUUCUUACCACCAAAUCAUCUGUGGAAAAGAAAUAAAAAGUGGUUCAAGAGAGGUCAAACAGUAUAGAAGAUUGCAUUUAUUGAACAAUCGAGUGUACAAAUACUUAAGGAGAUUGAAGACUUGGGGCUCAUGAAAGUGACAGAACUUGAUUCUGAUUCGAUAAACGCCAAAAUUUCAAAGAAUAAUGCAUGUGAUUGGAAGAAAAGAAGUAUUUUUUAGGGAUUUGUCAUACUGAAAAAUAAAUCCUGUUAGGCAUAACCUUGAUCUGAUGUAUAUUGAAAAAAAAAUUGAUAAUAUCUUCAACACUGUGAUGAAUGUCAAGGAAAAAAUAAAGGACAAUGCAAAAUCUAGAGAAGAUUUAAAACUGCUUUGCCAUCGUCCAGAGUUACAUCAGAAUAAAAGUACCAAAAAGUAUCCAAAGGCUUGUUAUAUGCUAGAUGAUAAGGCUAAAAGAUUUCUCUGUAAAUGGUUAUAAGAGUUGAGAUUCCUGAUGGUUAUGUGUCUAAUCUGAGAAAAUGUGUUGACAUGAACAAGCUUAAACUUUGUGGUAUGAAGAGUCAUGAUUGUCAUGUGUUUAUGCAACGGUUAAUAACUAUUGCAUUUCGAGAAUUGUUUCCACAAAAUGUGUGGCAACCAUUGACGGAGUUGAGUCUUUUCUUUAAAGAUCUUGCCUCUACAGCAAUUACAGAAGAACACAUGAGACAAUUAGAAGAAAAUAUUCCUCUCAUCUUGAGUGAGCUUGAGAGCAUUUUUCCUCCAAGCUUCUGGGAUUUCAUGGAACAUCUUCCUAUUCAUUUAGUUUAUGAAGCACGUUUAGCGGGCCCGAUUCAAGGACGAUGGAUGUAUCCGACUGAAAGAAAUCUCCGUAGAUACAAGAAUGAUGUCAAAAAUAAGAGUAAAGUUGAAGCUUCUAUAUACAACGCAUAUUCAGUUGAAGAAGCAUCUUUAUUUUGUGCGCACUACUUUAAGUCACACAUUCCGACACGACACAGAAAAGUGCCAUAAAAUUUAGAUGAUGGUGGAGUUGAACAGGAUGAUCCUGAGAUGCUUUCUAUUUUUAAGCAAGCUGGUCGAGGUUUUGGUAAGCUGAAAAAGAGGAGGUUAGAUGAUAAAGAAUA